CUCAUAUUUAAAUGUCAUCGGCACUUGACCCAGCCACUGGCCGGAAUCCUGUCCGGUUUCGCUAGUGUCCACACCCAUAAUACGACAUCGUUCUUCCUUUCUAGGCACUCAUCUUCCGCUUUGUUAAACCAUGAAUUCUGAUACUAUACUGGUCUCAAAACGAGUCGGGAAUGAUUUCCAGAGCGAAUAAAUGGAUGCCAUUCAAUCUAGGAUCUUACUUCGUAUGCUCGCAGAAAAUGCAAGACCGAUUUGCUUUCCUCAUCAAUCACUGCAUACCGACGCCCAGCCAGGAGGAGAAGCUACGGACAUGCUCUUUCGCCCGACAAUCCGAGGUGUUCCCAGGGCUAUCCGGCUCGAAUUCAUCAUCUCCGGCGCCGACUUCUCCGGAACUCACCCCAAUCACCAUGAUCUCGCUUCCCGAAAACGGUUCAGAUGAAGAAAGACCCUUUUCGGAAAACGAAGAGUUCGGAACUCUUUCGGAGCAGUCCAAUUCUAUCUCCCAGCCCUAUCUCUUCGGAUCCGAAGAGCUCAGACCGCCGACAGCUUCCGCAGCUCUCUGCUCCCAAUUGGACUCUUCUUGGGAUAAGCGCGCCUCUGUCUCCGACGAAGAAGUUAUCGAACAUCAGCCAACUGUUGAUUUAGGGAAGGAAAGUGAUGACCUUGGAUUCUUGGAGCCCCUUGAAGUUAACUGCGAGCUAUACGCCCCAAAGGGUUUUCAGAGUGCUAAGAGGAGUUACAAAAGUAGGUUCCGUUUGUCUAAUUUUGAAGAUGGAGAUAAUGAUGAAUAUCCCUCUAAGAGAUUUAGGGUUUCAGGAGAUUAUUUGGGGGUUGGGAGUUCAACACUGUCUGUAGGUGAAACACAACCAAAAGAAGCGGAAGUCCGGGAUGAUGAUACUGUUGAUGCUGGUUUAGUGCAUAAAGAAGCCAGAAAUGGUGACACGCAUGAUAAAGUUGAGAAGGGAAAAGUGAAAUGCAGCAUAGAGGGAGGGCGUAAACUUCCAUUUUCAGUAAAGGGUGGAGAAAAGUUUGUAAGAUUGGGAGAGGAAACAGUUAGAGGAAAUUCGAUGAAUGAACCAUCAUCAUCUCCCAAAGACCUUAUGGAGGUUUUGGAGAUGCUAUUAGAGAAGGUAGGCGGUGAGGAUAGAGGGGGUAAUGGUGCCAGUUUAUUGGAGACUGCCAUCAGUCGAGGUUGGGAUUUCCCUAAGCCUAGGUGGUGGCCACCAGAGGGCUUUAAUGAUUAGUUUGCAGGCUUUAAGAAAUUCUUAAUCAAUAGGUUGCUAAUACUCAAAGUAAUGCUCUGUUUGGAAGGUUCUCCCUGUUUUGACAAGUUUGCAUAUGGCAGAGAAUAGUGCAAGUAGAGGGAUGUUGUUUCUGUUAAUCUUAGACUGUAGUAGAUGUAUCUUUGAAACCUAUGAUGCAUGGGUUAUUUGUAUAAGUAGGAUUAGUUUUUUACCAAAAUACAACCUCAACACCCAUUAUGAAGUUUGUGUCUCCUAGAAUUGCAGUUCUAAUUUUUAGUUUCUUGUGUUUUCGUUUCGACAAAGCAAAGUUCGUGUUGGGCUUAAAGGAUAUGAAUAUGCUGCAAAUGUUUGUAAAAUGGAAGCUGUACUUUUAGAUUGUCAACACACGCUUGAUUUAAUCAAUUUUUUGUCUUUAGUAAUUUUUAUGUUCUGUCGGUUCUGAGCAGGAACUGAUUAUUGAAGAUAAGCUGUUGGCUUAUGAGUUGGAAUAAACCCUCAGAAUUGAUACUAAGCUGGUGAUUGAUGAGGUACUUUUUUAGUUAGUAGGAUGUUAAAUAAGUUGACUGACUCGUGAAUAUUGUUGGAAAUGAAUAAUGUCAUACUCAUGUGCAGUAUGAGAUAGAUCAUGUUUUCAAAGAACAUGGGGGAAUACACAAAAGCAGUGCUGAUAACUGUAUAACAAUAUUGUUAAGGAAACCCUAUUGUUAAUACUACAGUUUUGUUAGCGGACCUCAAAGACUUCAAAAACUG